AGUUUUUCCGUAAAGAACAAACGCACACACGGAACCGAGCGCGAUACACUUCGCCGCCGCUUACCCGCCACACAGAGCAACCCCGUGAUGGCCACUCCGGUGGCUUCCUCUUCCUUCCCGCCGCACGGCCGCGCGGUUCCCUUCGGCCGGAGGGCACCGUUGCCUUCGCCGCGGCGCAGCCGCGCCCUCCCCGUCUCGGCGCUCGGCAGCGGCGAGGGAAACGAGAGGAGGAUACUGGACCCGCUCGCCACGCCCUUCCAGAUCCUCGGCCUCAACGCCUCGGCCGCCUACUCUGCGUCGCAGCUCAAGGCCGCCUUCCGCGCCCGGGUUAAGGAGUUCCAUCCUGAUGUCUGCAAGGACAAAGAGAGCGCAAAUUUGAUAAUGAGACGAGUACUUGAGGCCUAUGAGAUGUUAUCUGGUAACAAUGGAAUGAUGGUUGCAAGGAACAAUAUUGACCCAUUUGAUGAACCUGAGUGUGAAGCUUGCGACAUAUUUGUCAACGAACUACUAUGUAUUGGCGCUGGAUGCCCAUAUUCUUGUGUUAAAAGGGCACCUCAUGCAUUUGCAUAUGCCGAGGACAUAGGUACAGCUCGUGCAAUAUCUCAAGGUAUUGGUGACAGUUACCUUGUUGAACUUGCUGUUGGGCAGUGUCCAAGAAAGUGCAUAUACUAUGUGACACCUUGCCAACGUACUAUUUUGGAGGAUGUUCUUGCUAGCGUGUUGAUGACGCCACACGACCUCUCUGAAGCAGCAGUUCUGGACUCACUCACAUCUAAAGCGAUGUUCGAGAAUAACAGGUACAAGCCCAAAAGGGAAACAAAAUCAUCUUCUGACUAUGUUGAUUGGCUGUGAUCAGCUCCAGAACAACCACCAAUCUCCGUCAGUCUCACCAGAUUGUUCAGUCAUGUACUGUGAUGAACAUGUCGUUAUUGUGCUGUAUAUAUGUACAUAACUGUAGUAUGCAGGGCAAAGUAUUUUCCUUUCUGAAAUUUGGUAGAGCAAACUGUUUGUGUUAAGAAGCCCAAUUAACCCUUCUACAUAUCAGCCACCCAUAGUGGCGUUGGAAUGGUCAAUUAUGAACAGACUAUUGUACACAAAAACUAUGAACAAGUUCAAUUUUGAACGGUCA